AUGGGUGUCCGAUCCUUAUGGACUAACAGGAAAAGUACAAGCUGUCCAUCGUGGGGUGUGGAGGGUUUUGAUCCUUUUGUUCCGGGAGGAAUAGCAUCUCAUCAUAUUGUGGCAGGGACUUUGGGCAUAUUAGGAGGCCUAUUCCAUCUUAGUGUCCGCCCGCCCCAACGUCUAUACAAAGGAUUGCGUAUGGGCAAUAUUGAAACUGUCCUUUCCAGUAGUAUCGUUGCUGUCUUUUUUGCAGCUUUUGUUGUUGUCGGAACUAUGUGGUAUGGUUCAGCGACUACCCCCAUCGAAUUAUUUGGGCCUACUCGUUAUCAAUGGGAUCAAGGGUACUUCCAACAAGAAAUAUAUAGAAGAGUUAGUGUUGGGUUAGCCGAAAAUCAAAGUUUAUCAGAAGCUUGGUCUAAAAUUCCUGAAAAAUUAGCCUUUUAUGAUUACAUCGGAAAUAAUCCGACAAUAUGGGGAUUAUUCAGGGCGAGUUCAAUGGAUAACGGGGAUGGAAUAGCGGUUGGAUGGUUAGGACAUCCUAUUUUUAGAGAUAAAGAAGGGCGUGAACUUUUUGUACGUCGUAUGCCUACCUUUUUUGAAACAUUUCCGGUCGUUUUGGUAGAUGGAGAUGGGAUUGUUAGAGCCGUUGUUCCUUUUCGAAGGGCAGAAUCUAAGUAUAGUGUAGAACAAGUAGGUGUAACUGUUGAGUUCUACGGUGGUGAACUCAAUGGAGUCAGUUAUAGUGAUCCUGUUACUGUGAAAAAAUAUGUUAGACACGCUCAAUUGGGGGAAAUUUUUGAAUUAGACCGUGCUACUUUGAAAUCCGAUGGUGUUUUUCGUAGCAGUCGGAGGGGUUGGUUUACUUUUGGACAUGCUUCAUUUGCUUUGCUCUUCUUCUUCGGACACAUUUGGCAUGGUGCCCGAACCUUGUUUAGAGAUGUUUUUGCUGGUAUUGACCCAGAUUUGGAUGCUCAAGUAGAAUUUGGAGCAUUCCAAAAACUUGGAGAUCCAACUACAAGAAGACAAAUAGGCUGA